GCUCAGUUGUGGAGUAACCAUCGUGACGCGUAGACUUGGAGGAAAUGCAGCUCCGGCUCUGAAGAUUAUUUGGCGGCAAGAGGCGCCAAGGCAGGCUUCGUUGAGAGGCAUUUUGGUGUAUUUACAGCCUAUCUAGCUGUGCAUCUGUGUAGAGAGAGCUUUUUAUGAGCUUUUACCCCACGAUAAAUCUCAAGUAAAUUUCCGCGAGACAGUGUACCAUGGAGAACUGAUGAAUGUUGUGAAUUUCCCGGCAGAAGCUCGAGGCGAUUUUCACGGCUUUUUGGAUCUUCCCAUCUCCCCCAAGACACUCAAUCAUCUCGCCCCAAGACUUGUGUGUUCAGUGUUGACGAAAAGUUUGCAAGAAGGGAAUUUUUCAUUGACGAGUAAAUUUUUACAGUGAAAUCCCGCAGGAAGAAUUUUAUCGGGUCGUGUGACGAAUUUUGCGGGAAGAGAUUUUGCUCACAAAAAGGCCAAAAAAACGAAGGAUUCUGAUAGUUGAGGGGGAAAAGUCAAAGUGAAUGAAAGUCUUCCACUUGAAACUUGGGAGAUGAAGUGCAAAAUUCUCUGGAGUUUAUUCUUCACCAUCAUGUCUGUCAUCCCGACAAAAACUGAAUCAUCAGCCACGGUGUUUGAUUCCCACUUACGAGGACCAGGCUUCGUGAUGGAACCACCACCACGGUUGGAGUUUAGCAAUUCAUCGGGAGCCUGGCUAGACUGCUCUGCCUCGGGCAGUCCACAGCCAUCGAUUGACUGGUUGUCGGUGGAUGGGACUUCAGUGGGUGAUGUGGGUGGUGUUCGGAGGGUACUACGCAAUGGGACCCUUGUGUUGCUUCCAUUCCCAGCAGCUGCCUAUCGUCAGGACAUUCACAACACCAUCUACCGCUGUGUGGCCUCCAAUAAUGUUGGACGUGUUAUCUCCAGAGAUGUUCAAGUCAGGGCUGUGGUUGGCCAGGCCUACAAGGUAGAUGUUGAAGUUUUGAGUGCAUCAAGGGGUUGCACAGCAAUACUGCGAUGCGUUGUUCCGACAUUCGUAAAGGAACUCGUGCGUGUUGUAUCGUGGGUACAAGAGCCCGCCUUCUACAUCUACCCAUCCCUCCAGGGUGAUGGGAAAUUUCAUCUCCUGCCCACGGGUGAACUCCUAAUUCACAAUCUUGAGUACAGCGACGAAUAUCCAACGUACAGAUGUCGCACGAUGCACCGUCUCACGCGCCAAGUUGUCGUGAGUUCAGCCACAAAAGUUAGAAUAAGUGAUCAGAGAGGUAUCGUAGCGCCGAGUAUUGUCGAGCACACAGCCCAUGUGUCCGUUGCUCAGGAUGAAGGUGCCGUCCUGCUGUGCAUAGCCCAGGGAUGUCCUGCCACUGAAUACAGAUGGUACACACACAAUACCCCCGGGGAACCUCUACCUGUUCUAACAGGACCUCGUAUUCGUCUCCUGGGGCCCGUUCUAGCCAUUGAAGCGGUGACAUCUGAAGAUGCAGGCAUCUACAAAUGUUCAGCAGCAAAUGCAGGUGGGGAAGCGAGUGCAGAGCUGAGACUCUCUGUGGCUGCACCACUUCAGGUGGAAAUAACACCAAAUGUCCUGAGUGUUCACAUGGCGGGAUCUGCGGAAUUCCGUUGUCUAGUGACGAGCAAUGGGGUACAGCUGGCGCAGCAACAUAUCACCUGGUUUAAGGACGGACGGCAGCUGCCCAGCUCAGGGAGAAUUGGUGACACUCUCUUGGUGACUGCUGUGGGGCGAGAGGACAAGGGAAUGUACCAGUGUGUGGUCAGACGACCGGAGGGUGAUACAUUCCAAGCGGCAGCAGAACUGCAACUUGGGGACGCCCCACCUGUAUUGCUGUACAGUUUUAUUGAGCAAACCCUUCAGCCAGGACCAGCGGUGUCCCUCAAAUGCUCUGCUGCUGGAAAUCCAACACCUCAAGUGACCUGGACACUCGAUGGGUUUGCCUUGCCAACAAACGGCAGAUUCCUCAUUGGACAGUAUGUCACUGUGCAUGGGGAUGUCAUCAGCCACGUGAACAUUAGCCAUGUUAUGGUGGAGGAUGGUGGAGAGUACUCAUGCAUUGCUGAGAAUCGUGCCGGCAAGAUAUCCCAUUCGGCUCGCCUCAACAUCUACGGUCUUCCGUACAUUCGCCUUAUACCGAAAGUUACAGCGGUGGCUGGUGAGGAUUUGCACUUGAAGUGCCCCGUUGCCGGAUAUCCCAUCGAUGAAAUUCACUGGGAAAGAAAUGGUCGGGAAUUGCCAGAUGAUAUCAGGCAGAAGGUGCAGCCGGAUGGUUCGCUUGUCAUCAGCCCGGUGCAGAAGACGGACGAUUCCGGGGUCUACACAUGCUGGGCACGCAAUAAGCAGGGUCAUAGUGCCCGAAGGAGUGGAGAGGUGACAGUUAUAGUACCCCCAAAGCUAAAUCCCUUCCAUACGACUGCACUGUCUCUCAACGUUGGUGAUCGAGCCUCCUUAACGUGCUCCGUGGUUAAGGGAGAUCAACCCUUAACGAUAAGUUGGCGCAAAGAUGGACGCAUUGUGGAUUCAUCGCAGAGGAUGUCGGUCACACAGGUUGAUCAGUACAAUAGCAUCCUUGUGAUUGAUAGCCUCUCAUCUGAGCAUUCUGGAAAUUAUUCAUGCGUUGUUCGGAAUCAAGCUGCUGAGGUGGAAACAUCCCAGGCUCUUCUGGUUAAUGUACCUCCGCGGUGGAUUGUUGAACCAUCGGAUGUGAAUGUUGAGAGAAAUCGCCACAUAACCAUCCACUGUCAAGCUCAGGGAGUUCCCACACCCAUUGUGACCUGGAAAAAGGCGACAGGAAGCAAAUCUGGGGACUAUGAGGAAGUCAGGGAGCGCCCAUACACCAAACUCCUCUCCAAUGGAUCCCUCCUACUGCAGCACGUCAAAGAGGAUCGGGAGGGAUUCUACUUGUGUCAAGCACACAAUGGCAUUGGGACUGGCAUUGGAAAAGUAAUCCAACUGAAAGUCAACUCUUCACCAUAUUUCUCGGCCCCAAGUCGAAUGGUUACAGUAAAGAAGGGUGAUACUGCUGUGUUGCAGUGUGAGGUGAAUGGGGAUAAACCAAUUAAUGUUGUCUGGUUGCGUGCUGGCAAGCACGAACUCAAUCCGUCAACCAACUACCGCGUGGCUGUGAAGCAAGACGCCACACCUGAUGGAAUUUCAGCUGAAGCACAAAUAACUAAUGUGGACAGUUCCGACAGUGGACCCUACUUCUGCCAAGCUAGCAAUUUGUACGGGAGGGAUCAGCAGUUGGUGCAGUUGCAGGUUCAGGAACCACCGCAGGCACCAACUGCCCUUGAAGCUCUAAUGGUAUCCAGUCGUUCAGUUAAUCUCAAAUGGUCACCACGUGGUAAUGACGGGGCUGAGGUCACGAAGUACAUUGUGGAGUAUCAUGAAGUUGAUAGACCAUGGCAGACUGUGGAGUUGUCUGAUCCACCGCAAUUCACUGCACUGAUUGAGAGCCUAAAACCUGCCACGAGAUACACAUUUCGGGUGAUUGCUGAAGGAACUGCCGGACGGAGUAGUCCUAGUCAGGAAUUAACAAUUAAAACGGAGCCACAGAGACCAGCUGGACCACCGCUCAAUCUCUCAGCUCGUCCACUGUCCUCCACGGAGAUUUUGGUAACGUGGACUCCUCCACUGGCUGAGCUACGUAAUGGAGAAAUUCAGGGGUACAACAUUGGCUACAAAUCCUCCCUAUCGAGUUCAACAGUCUUCAAUUUCACGUCCGUCUCAGGAGAUGGGGAGGAUGGAACGGGAGAAUUGCUCUUGAAUAAUUUGGCCAAAUACACCCGGUACACCCUUGUCGUCCAAGCUUUCAAUCAAGUCGGCCCAGGACCACUGUCGGAACCAACAAGCGCACAAACCCUCGAAGAUGUACCCGGUAUGCCGCCAGAAGAUGUUCGCUGUGCUGCUUUAACGUCGCAGAGUUUGCAAAUUUCAUGGCAACCACCACCGGCUCAUCACACAAAUGGCCUCCUUCAGGGGUACAAGCUCGUUUUUGAGCCUGUUCUUGAUGACUUUGCAGGGACCAAUGAAGACAUCGAAACACGCAAAACCACCGCACAAACCACCGUCCUCACAGGCUUGCGGAAAUACACAAAUUACAGUGUGCAAGUUCUAUCGCACACACGUAUGGGGGAUGGGGUACUCUCAGCUCCAACAUACUGCCAAACAGAAGAAGAUGCUCCGGAAGCACCAGCGGACAUUAAAGUCGUUGUAAGUUCACCGCAAUCGCUGUUUGUGUCAUGGUUGCCGCCCAAUGAGCCAAAUGGGGUCAUUACCAAGUACAAUUUGUACACAAGGGUGGUAAAUGGCCGGGAGGAGAUUAACAAUGAAAAGAGAAAUUUACCAUCGCAGCAGCUAAGUUACGAAGCAAAAGGGCUUCAGGCACAUGUGGAGUACCAAUUCUGGGUGACUGCAUCAACACGUGUGGGUGAGGGGAAGAGUUCACGGGUUGCAUCUCAAAUCACCUCAAAUAGGGUUCCAGCAAGGAUUAUCUCAUUUGGAGGACUCGUGGUGCGAGCAUGGCGUUCCUCAGUUAUGCUUUCGUGCCAAGCUGUGGGACAGCCACGGAGGGAAUGGCUCAAGGGUGACCUUUCACUGCGACAGAAUGGAUUCAACAACAUGCAAAUAAUGGAUACAGGAGAGCUUUCAAUUGCUAAUCUUCAGAUGCAAGAUUCGGGCAACUACAGCUGCCAAGUGGACAAUGGCGUGGGAACGGAUAGAUUGACCUACAAUCUCCUUGUGCAAGUACCACCAGCUUCUCCCGUGCUGUACGUCACGAGUGCAACAUCGAGUAGUAUUUUGAUGCACUGGAAGAGCGGUAGUGCUGGCAAUGCUCCCAUAACGGAGUACACGCUACACUACAAACGUGCCCAUGGGAGCCUAGAGGAGCUCCCAUUGUCACGCCAUGCCUCAAGUCAUGAACUCAAGGGACUCCUCUGUGGCAGUACAUAUCAAAUCUAUCUCACGGCAUCCAAUAAAAUUGGAAUAUCACCCCCAAGUACAACACUUCACGUUCGAACUCAGGGACAAUUGCCGGGUAUUCCGGCAACAUCAGCACUUCUAGCACCGAAUUCAACAUCAGUCCUCCUACGGCUGCAUGCAUGGCCAGACAAUGGGUGUCCCAUUCUCUAUUUUGUACUCCAAUACAGAUCACUUUCGGAUUCGGAUGAUAAUAAAUGGAUCCUAGUAUCUAAUGCUCUGAAACCACAACGAAAGUUCACAAUUACGGGUCUCACACCAUCGACACUCUAUCAACUAAAGAUGGAAGCGCACAAUGUGGCUGGAUCGUCAGAUGUGGACGUUACUUUUGUCACACUGACCAAGGAUGGCGAUCCACCACCACCGGAAUUGGUUCAGAGGGGCCAUCGAACUAUUGCCUUCUACAGCGACAUGAAAUUCAUCAUUCCCAUCAUUAUUACAACAUCAGGAAUCAUCUGCACAAUGGCACUGUCUGUUCUCUGCUACAAAUUCCGACAAAAUAGUCGAGCUAGGAAGGAAGCUCUUGAAAAUCAACACAACGCAGAAGCUCAACGGGAAAGGUACUAUGCAACAAUACACAAAGUAGCUCUCCAGGGACCCGGUGGAGACAAGAUUCCAGAAACUUCCGAAGAUAUAUCACCAUAUGCGACAUUUCAACUUUCAGAAGCGAGCACCCUGGCACAGCCCCAUCAUUCGGGUCCUGCAAACACACUCCUGCACUCCUUUAUGUACCACGAGCGCGCCAUGACGGAGGGAUGUGCAUCACCACCGCCUCCAGCUGCGACGCAGAAAAAUCGACGAAGACACUCAAGGAAAACAGAGCCAGAGAGUGAGGAAUCAGAUUCAGAUCAGGAUCAACUAACAUCGAGCAGAACGGAAUCUUCGAACCAUUUGGAGGCAAAGAUGAAGCACAAAUUUCGUGCAGGUCUUAUCUAUCAUGGGACACAGUCGAGCACAUCGUCGGAUUUGUCACCAAUGUCAGAGCAGAAAUCCCUGCCAAGACGCGGUAGAUCCAGAGGCACAAUGAGAUCCCUCCUGCCACUGCAGCUGUCCGACUCCACGCCAGGAGGAGCGUCCUUCCAUCAGGUUCCCAUAGAAGGGGGUACACCAGAUCGUCCGGAACUGUCUGAGGCUGAAUGUGACAUCGACACCCUAAAGAAACUGAAGUUGGGCAUGCGAUCAUCUCUCUGGUCCCGACCAGCACCCACAAAUUCCUCAUCUAAUCAAGUUCCAGGACACCCGUCGGAUUACUCAAUCGCCGUUUAACCACAGGGGAGCACACGCCGAAGGAAUCAGCGUUUCUAGUUAGUUUAACAAAAUAUUUAAAAAGUCUUCAAUAUUAUUGUGCCAAAAUGACUAUACCCAUUGAAAUUGAAAUUGAGGGAUACAUGGUUUGUCAAAGACUUUUUUUUCUAAUUGAAUUUAUAUAGUUUAAACUUUUAACCGAAAAAAGUGUUUUUAAAAUAUUGAAAAAAAAAAUUAAAAUGUUACGACCGAGGCGUGAAUCAAAGAAAAAAAUUUUAAAAGAAAAUUUACGAGUUUUAUAAUCAAAAUCAACACGAUUAACGGAUGCGGAAAACCAAAAAAAUUGAUAGAGAAAAUGUGAAAUAAAAUUAUAUUUACUCGAUAAAAAAAAUCUCAAAGAUGUAAAAAAUAAAAUAUUAUGCAAAAAAUUGAGAGUUUAGUCAAUAGUUUGUAAAAAAAAGAACAAAGAACGAUUGAGGAAGAAAAUAUUUAUAUUAGUAGAGUAAUUUUUAUACAAAACUUUGUUAAAUUGUAAAAAAAUUUUCUAAUUCGUUAGGAAUGAAAAUCAAACGUAAACCGCAUUAUAUAGAAAUUGAAAAAAAAGAAAUGAUAGUGAAUAGCUUCAUCCCAAAUCAAGAGAAAAAAUCUUUAAAAAAUUCACUUCUUCAUUUUUUUUUAACGAUAUUUACGUCCCAGAGAAAUUUUUACAACUUUUUUAUCGAUAUGAGAACAAUUUUAUCCAAAAAAACAAAACAAAUAUUAAAAAAAAAAUUGCGGAAAAAAUCACUAUUAAGGGGUAUUUUAAAAGGAAAAAAAAAAGAUAUAUGUAACUUAUAUUUCAAGACUGACUUUUUCAUUGCUGUAUCAUUUAAAAGAAAAAUGUGGAGAUUAAAUUUCCGCAUGAUUCAUUUUUUUUUAGCUGAGAAGAGUGUCCGAUCUGAAUAGAAAAUUGAAUUGAAUUUUCCUUGAGAAAAAAAAGGACGAAAAAAAGGUAAUUUUGUGAAUAAUGUAGAACUAUAUGAAUAAAAGUUAUUGAACGUUGCUCCAUGUCAUCCAGGAAUUUUAAAGAAUUACAAACUGUGAGACUUAUUUGAAUGGAGAAGAGAAUGUGAAUAAAAUUGAAUGAGAAAACUCACAGAGACACAUCGAAAGAUGAAGUUUAUUCUAUUGUAUUGAUUACUUUUUCAACUGAAAAUUCCUACUGUACCUACUUAUUUUUCUUUCUCAAUAAUUAAAAAAAAAAGUUUUAAUUAAUUGCUUUUCAUGAUAAAAGCUUCAAGAAUAAUUUCUUUUCAUUGACGACAAAUCAAAUUCUUUUGCUUCUUCCAUUAAGAAUAAAUCUAACUAUUGCCUUAAUAAAUUAUUCAAAUAAUUGGAUCCAAUUUUUACAUUUUUCCUUAAACAAUAAUUUUACAUUCAAACUUUUCAAAAAAAAAUGAAUACCCUGUGAAAAAUAUUUUUAAGCCUUUCCGACAAUUUUUGUUUAAUCAAUUCCUCCAUCACCUGUCUCUAUCUAUAAUAGAUUGUGAUACACUGAUAAAAAAAUGCGAGAAUGAGAAUAAAAACAAUGUAAAAGUGUUAAUGAAAUAGAACAAAAUAAUGAAGAAAAAAAAUAUGAAGCCCCAUCGAUCCACAAAAUGAACAAAAAUAAAUGAAAAUAAUACUGCCCGACAUAAUUGAAAAUAUAUUAUAUUAAACAUUUAAAAUAGCAAAAUAUUUACAAAAAAAAAGAAUACGUUAUCAAAACUCAAUCUCACUGUACAUUGUAUGAAAAUGAAAGAAAAUAAUGAAGAAAAUUGUUGUAAAAAUAAAUAUUUAAUUUUGAAUCUUCA